AUGUCCAAUCUCAGUAUCUAUGUCCGUCUCGGGGCUGACGUUCUGACUGAACAGCAGAAGUUCUACGGCUAUGCCGCAGGGUUUGGUUUCCAAUUUACCAUUACACUCGCUACGUUCCUUAUCGGGUUCUGUCUAACGGGCGUAUGUCGCGCCAUUGCUGUUGUCCCCCGAGAGCUGAUUUGGCCGGGUGUUCUGAGCGUGACAACCCUGGUCACCACAUUGCAUGGUAUCGGGCAGAAAGACACGCAGGCGAGGUACGAUACAUGGAAAAUCUCCCGAUAUGCCUUCUUCACGCUCGUCUUCUGCGUCUCGUUCUGCUGGUACUGGUUUCCGGACUUUAUUUUCCCAGCCCUCAGCAACUUCAACUUUGCGUGCUGGAUUAAACCGGACAGUGUGGUGUUGAACCAGUUGACAGGGGUGACGAGUGGAAUGGGUCUGAUUCCUAUCACGUUUGACUGGAGUCAAGUAUCUUAUCUAGGGUCCCCUCUCCUCGUUCCGUCAUGGGCAAUUCUAAAUAUCGCUGGAUCGCUGGUCUUCUGGAUCUGGAUUGUUGCCGUGGCUUGCUACUAUAGUAAUGUAUGGUAUACGGGGUAUUUGCCGUUUCAGAGCUCCUCAGUGUUUGACAACACAGGAAGCACGUACAACGCCUCGAAGAUCGUCAAUGUUGCAUCAGGAUACCAACUAGACGUGCAGAAAUAUCAGGAGUACUCGCCGGUCUACAUGCCCGUCACCUACGCCCUCAAUAUGUUCGGGCUGUCAUUCGCAACCCUAACUGCUCUCCUCGUCUGGGUGGCUGUCGAACAUAGAGAUGUUAUACAAACCGGGCUUAGAAGAAUUCCUCAGCUGGUCAUGAGCUCCACAACGGGUUGGACUCAAUCAACGGAUAGACGGACCGGCACCCCUGAUGUCCCAGUCUGGUGGUACCUGGUCUGCUCAGCCCUCGCCCUCUUCCUUUCAAUCUUCGCAGUCGAAUACUGGGCCGUCGAGCUGAGAUGGUACGGCGUCUUACUUGCGUGUGCAGUGGCUUUGGUGUUUUAUACCCCGCUGGCUCUCAUCUACGCAACCGCCAACCUGAAAAUCAACAUCGACAUCCUCUGCCGCAUCAUCGCGGGCCUCGUCUUCGAUGGCAAAGUCCUCGCAAACAUCUGGUUCUUCGACAUCGGCUACAUCACCACGAUCAAAGGGCUGUACUUUGCCCAGGAUAUGAAGCUGGCUUAUUACUGCAACAUCCCACAGAAAUCCCUCUUCAUCGUCCAACUAACCGGCAUGCUCUUCGGCACCCUGGCCUCACUCCUAACCCUCAACUGGUCCUUCGCCAACAUCACAGACGUCUGCACAACCUCCGCCCCAAACGGCUUCUCAUGCCCCUACUCGCGCACGCACUUCAACACCUCCCUAAUCUGGGGCGCCAUCGGCCCGCGUCGGUUCUUCGCCGAUAAUUACCAGGCACUCCUGUACUUCCCCAUCCUCGGCGCAUUGCUCGGCGUACCAAUCUAUAUCCUCCGCCGCUCGUUACCCUCCUCGUCAUUGUUACGCAAAGUGCACAUCCCCCUCUUCCUCGGCGGCCUGAACUACCUCCCCCCCGCGACGGGUCUAAACUACGCGAGUUGGGUCCUCGUCGGCCUCUUCUUCGGGUGGUACGUCAAAAAGCGCAUGAGUGCGUGGUGGGGGAAAUAUAACUUUGUGCUUAGUGCGGCGCUGGACACGAGCGUUAGUGUUGCCGGGGUGGUCAUCUUCUUUGCGGUUUAUUUUUCGGGCGCGAGUAGGGGGUUUGAGUGGUGGGGGACCGAGGUUUAUAAGGAUACGUGUGAUUAUAAGGGGUGCGCGUAUUUGAGGGUCCCGGAGGGUGGGAAGUUUGGGCCGGUGGUUGCAGGUGGCUGA